UUCACUAUUAUCCUCCUCCUUUGUCUCUUCAAUUAUUCUUUCUCUGACCUGUAUCCAAAAAAGAAAAAGAAAAAGAAAAAACUCUCUCGAACUCUCGCAGGCCUCUCAAUGGAUCACUACGGUCGUCAACCACCGUAUGGAGACGGAGGGAUGCAGAUCCAGCCUUACCACGGCGGUCCAAGAACCGGAGACUUCAGGAGCUACAGCGCCUCGUACGCGACGGCGACAGAGAACAACAUAUACGAUAUCAAGAAGGGGAAGUCGAUAGAGAGGUCGAAGUCUUGGGGGAUAACGGACCCGGAGCUGCUGAGGAAGAAAAGGGUUGCGAGUUAUAAGAUGUAUAGUGUUGAAGGAAAAGUCAAAGGGUCGUUUAGAAAAAGUUUUAGAUGGCUUAAGCAGAGGUAUACGCAGGUCCUCUAUGGCUGGUGAUGAUAUAUUUUUAUCUUUUUAUCUCUUCUUAUAUCUAUGCGUGCUGUAUUCUUCAAUGUAACUGUGAUAGCUGCCUGGCCACAAACUAUAUAUGAUCAAAUUAGUUUUACAUAUU